AAUGACACUAAAUCAAGAUAAUUAUAUGUCAUAAUGAUAAUCAUUUCUUCUUAUUUAGGACAAUUUUGUAAUCCACCUAAUUCUUCUAUUAGUCACUUUAGUUUUGUUCUACAUUUUCUGUCAUUAACUCAGUUCAUGAAAUUUUUAUUGAUUAUAUUAAUUAGUGAUUACAUCGAUUUUUUACUGACCUUAUUGUUAUAAUUAUAAUUAAUAACGUACGAGUAGAAAUUAGCUUCUUUUACAAAUUUAGUCAGUCAAGUGAAUAGUCUUCGGCUAGUACCUCAAUUUAUUCAAAUAAAUAAAUAAAUAAUUACUAUGGAUUUACAUAUGAAAGUAUUGAUAAUAUUGGCAUUAAAUCUGUCAUUUGUAAUUUCUAUUUCGAUAUCAAAAAGUAUUGACGUAAGUUCAAAAACUCCCGUUUAUUUAUUGAAAUCUACAUACUCUGGGAUAUCAAUGGAGAAAAUUCAAGGCAUGUUUGAUCCAAAUACACUCACUAAAUCAUACGAUGAUAGGUAUCAAUAUCUACAAUUUGAUGAAACUUUUGAUGAAAAUCCAUUUUCAUUUGAAUGUAAUUUUGAUGAUAUAUAUUUACGGACUGGUGGAAAAUUUUAUAAAUCGAAUGAUAUAAACUCAAACGAAAAUUUAAGUCAGGGUUUUUGGAGUAGCAUUUCCGAAUGGCUGGGACUAUCGAAUGAUCGUAUACCAAAAAGACCGUCUGAACCGAUACCAGAAAUAAUUUAUCUCGAGAUAUUAAUUAUUAUUGACUAUCAAUUAUAUAAUUCGUUUAAUAAUCUCGAGCAAUUAAUUAAUCAGUUGUACGCUUUUUGGGAUAAUGUUGAUAAUCUUUAUGCAUCAUUAUACAGUCCACAAGUUAAAUUGAGUAUUGCUGGUGUCAUAAUUCCUACGGAUCCAAAUGUAUUUGAAUUUCUGGAACCAGAGUCAAGAGGUUUAUUUAAUUGGGCCGGUGGUUUGAGUUACGAAAGUGCUCGGAGGAGUAUGAAUUCAUGGUUAUAUAAAUAUAGAAAUACGUUUCCAGAUGAUAGUUAUGAUUUAUUUAUGAUAAUGACAUCAUCAAAUUAUAAUAGUAUAUAUUCGAGAGUUCUUGGACAGGCGACAGUUGGAGGCGCUUGUGGCAAAAGUGAUUAUGCUCAAACAUUAAACAGAGGAGGAAUAAUGUAUUCAACUCCAAAAUUAAACGAUGCUGUUACAGCAGCACAUGAAAUAGGACAUUUACUCGGUAUUUAUCAUGAUGAUGAACUUGGGUGUUCAGACGACUAUUUAAUGUCCGCAAUUAACAAAAAAUAUAAUACCAGGUGGUCAUCAUGUUCCCAGGAAGCAUUGCGACAGUAUUUGAGGGAUAAUAACCCAGUGUGUUUAUAUAAUAAACCAGAUAAUUAAGACUUUGAAAUUUAGUAUUUUGUAAUAUAUUACUAUUUAUUUUUAGUAUAGAUAAUGUUUUUU